CUAGGCGCUCGGCUGGGUCGCUACGUGCUCGCGCCUGCAGACGAUCAGGUGCGGCGCGGUCCCGCUCGUCCCCAGCUUUGUCCCCGGGCUGUCCUUCCCGGCUCCGCGAUGUCACGUCGGAAACCUGCCUCAGGCGGCACCGCGGCCGCCGGCUCAGCUCCUGCCAGGCAAGCGGUUUUGAGCCGAUUCUUCCAAUCGACGGGAAGCCUGAAAACCACAGCCUACCCCCCGGGUGCAGCCUUGGAGGCGGCCCGGGACUCUGACUCCACAGCGCCCCCAGCGUCCAAUUUCCCGCCUCACGUGAUCACACAAAGUGACAAAAGCAAGAAAAGACCACGGCAGAAUGAUGGGCCUGCUAAAAAGAAAGCAAAGAAAGUGCAAGAAAAGGAGGGAGGGAGGGCCUCCGUGUCAUCGGGAAGCCCGGAGCCGAAGAAAUGUCUGAGGACCAGGAGUGUUCUAAAGUCGCUGGAAAAAUUGAAAGCAUUCUGCUGUGACUCCGCCCUCCCUCAAACUAGAGUUGAGAUAGAACCACCCCAUGAGAAAUUUGCAGUCCUGCCAAGAUGUACUGAUUUUGAGGAUAUCACCCUGCAACGUGCAAAGAACGCAGCUUCUUCUGAUGAUGUCAAGCCCCAGCACAAGACAGUUCUGGAUGUCAGUCAUUUGGGAUCAUCAACCAGGAGUUCUGAGAAAACUUCUGACCCAAAACCACCUAACAGACGAACCAAGAGCAUGUACACGCCACUGGAACUGCAGUACAUAGAGAUGAAGCAGCAGCAGAGAGACGCCAUCCUGUGUGUGGAGUGUGGGUAUAAGUACAGGUUCUUUGGGGAAGAUGCGGAGAUUGCAGCCCGGGAGCUGAAUAUUUAUUGUCACUUGGAUCACAACUUCAUGACGGCCAGCAUACCUACACACAGACUGUUUGUUCAUGUGCGCCGCCUUGUGGCAAAAGGAUAUAAGGUUGGGGUGGUAAAGCAAGUGGAAACAGCUGCAUUAAAGGCCAUAGGGGACAACAAGAGUUCCGUCUUCACCCGGAAACUGACCGCUCUUUAUACCAAAGCUACACUCAUUGGAGAAGAUGUGGAUCCUUUAAUCAAACUGGAUGAUGCUGUCAAUGUCGAUGAAAUAAUGACUGAUACUUCUACCAGCUUUCUUCUGUGUAUCUGUGAAAAUAAGGAGAACGCCAAGGACGCUAAAGGGAGUGUCUUCAUUGGGGUGGUGGGAGUACAACCUGCCACAGGUGAGGUUGUGUUUGAUAGCUUCCAGGACUCUGCUUCCCGUGCACAGCUGGAGACGCGCAUAGUGUGCCUGCAGCCCGUGGAGCUGCUGCUCCCGUCACGCCUGUCAGAUCAAACAGAAACACUCAUCCGAAGAAGCACGGCGGUCAGUGUGGGGGAUGACAGAAUCCGAAUAGAAAGGAUGGAUCCCAUGUAUUUUGAAUAUAGCCACGCAUUCCAGGCUGUUGCGGAGUUUUAUGCAAAAGAUGUCAUUGACAUCAAAGAUUCUCAAGGUUUUUCUAACAUUAUUAACUUGGAGAAGCCUGUGAUUUGCUGUCUGGCUGCCAUAAUAAGAUACCUCAAGGAAUUUAACUUGGAAAAGAUCCUCUCCAAACCCAAGAAUUUCAAACAGUUGUCAAGUGAAACAGAGUUUAUGACAAUAAACGGAUCAGCACUGAGGAGCCUGGAAAUCCUUCAGAAUCAGACUGAUAAGAAAACCAAAGGAAGCUUAUUUUGGGUUUUAGACCACACUAGAACUUCAUUCGGGAGACGGAAGUUAAAGCAUUGGGUGACUCAACCACUUUUGAAAUUAAGGGAAAUCAAUGCUCGUCUUGAUGCCGUAUCAGAAGUUCUCCAUUCAGAAUCCGGUGUGUUUGGCCACAUAGAAAAUCAUUUACGUAAACUGCCCGACAUAGAGAAAGGACUCUGUAGCAUUUAUCACAAAAAGUGUUCUACUCAAGAGUUCUUCAUGAUUGUCAGAUCCCUUUACCAGCUGCAGACAGAAUUUCAAGCACUAAUACCUGCUGUUAACUCCCAUGUUCAGUCGGACCUACUCCAGACAUUGAUUUUGGAAAUCCCACAACUGCUCAGUCCGGUGGAGCAUUACCUGAAGAUACUUAAUGAACAUGCUGCCAAAACUGGGGACAAAACUGAAUUGUUUAAAGACCUUACUGACUUCCCUUUAAUAAAAAAGAGGAAAGAUGAAAUUAAAGAAGUUGUUGACAAGAUCCAAGUACAUUUGCAAGAGAUACGAAAAAUCCUAAAAAAUCCUUCUGCACAAUAUGUAACAGUGUCAGGACAGGAGUUUAUGAUUGAAGUAAAGAAUUCAGCUGUAUCUUGUAUACCAAGUGAUUGGGUUAAGGUUGGAAGCACAAAAGCUGUGAGUCGCUUUCACUCCCCUUUCAUUGUGGAAAACUAUAGACAUCUGAAUCAGCUCCGAGAGCGUCUCGUCCUUGACUGCAGUGCUGAGUGGCUGGGCUUUCUCGAGAAUUUUGGUGAACAUUAUUACUUCUUAUGCAAAGCUGUUUAUCACCUAGCAACUGUUGACUGUAUAUUCUCCUUGGCCAAAGUCGCUAAACAUGGGAAUUACUGCAGGCCAACUGUACAAGAUGAAAGAAAAAUCAUAAUAAAAAGUGGCCGUCACCCUGUGAUUGAUGUCUUGCUCGGUGAACAGGACCAAUAUGUUCCCAAUAGUACAAAUCUAUCCGGGGACUCCGAGAGGGUAAUGAUCAUCACUGGACCGAACAUGGGUGGCAAGAGUUCCUACAUCAGACAGGUGGCUUUGAUUACCAUCAUGGCUCAGAUCGGCUCCUAUGUGCCUGCGGAGGAAGCAACCAUUGGAAUUGUGGAUGGCAUUUUUACCAGGGCUUCACCUCUCCUGGCCGACUUUAAUUUUUCCAGAGGCAGAGACAAAGAAGAAGGGGGGGAGAAAGGCCACAGGAGCAAAACUUCCCCCAGUGCAGUGUGGGACCAGGCUCCAACCUGGGCUGUGUUUAUGACAAAGCAGCACACCAUCCAGCCCAAUUGUUGUUCCCUUUUGUGGAUGGGUGCUGCAGAUAACAUCUAUAAAGGGCAGAGUACGUUUAUGGAAGAACUGACUGACACAGCAGAAAUAAUCAGAAAAGCAACAUCAAAGUCCUUGGUUAUCUUGGAUGAACUGGGAAGAGGGACAAGCACCCACGAUGGAAUUGCCAUAGCUUACGCUACUCUUGAACAUUUUAUUCGAGAUGUGAAAUCCUUAACCCUGUUUGUCACCCAUUAUCCUCCAGUUUGUGAAUUAGAAAAAUGUUACUCACAGCAUGUGGGGAAUUACCACAUGGGGUUCUUGGUAAAUGAGGAUGACAGCACACAGGAUCCAGAUGAUGAAGAGCUCCCUGAUUUUGUCACUUUUCUUUACCAAUUAACCAGAGGAACUGCAGCAAGGAGUUAUGGGCUAAAUGUGGCUAAACUCGCAGAAGUUCCUGGAGAAAUUUUAAGGAAAGCAGCGAACAAGUCAAAAGAACUGGAAGCAUUAGUAACUAUGAAAAGGAACAGGCUAAAGUGUUUUGCAAACUUAUGGAAGAUAAAUGGCGCAAAGGACCUGCAGAAGUGGACAGAAGAGGUUCAGAUGAGAGGAGCAAUGAGCUGCUCUCUCCCUGAUUACAACACAGAUGACGCCUUCGAAGGAGCAGUGGAGAGCUGAAGUUACUGUGAGCCAACUGCACAGUAGCAGUUCGUCUUUCUGUGCCACCAAGUUGCAGAUGCUACCAUGACAUCAUCCUGACUUCCCUGAAUAGACAACCUCACCAACGUGUCCUGAAAACUCACCUCUCCAGAGCCCUGCCCCACUAGAGAAAGGCAGAAACAGGCUGUGGGUAUUGAUCUACCUACCAACGCCCAUGUCCAGAGGAGAAACAACUACAAAAGCCAGACCUUCUAUCUUCUGCACCCCAUAAAGAAUUUUGGUACUCACAGAGAGAUAAAGAAUAGGGAAGCUUCCAAUGGAGGGACCGGGACAUGGAACUCUGGUGGUGGGAACUGUGUGGAAUCAUACCUCUGUUAUCUUACAAUAUUGUCAGUCAUUAUUAAAUACAUUAAAAAACAGCAGGUAUCAUGCGAAAGCAUGGCUUGUUUAACAUUAAACAGCAACAACUAUUAUAUCACCAUAUUGAACAAUUUGAAAAGGAAAAACCACAUGACUGUCAGAAAUAGCAUCUGUUAAAAUUAUACAUCCAAUUAUGAUUUAAAAGUGCUCUCAGUAAACCAGAAAUCACUAGGAAUUUCUUCAACCUGAAGAUUUAAGCACCUGAAAUGCCUAGAGCUAGUAUCAUAUUACCAGUUGAACAGACUGAUUUCUUGGGGCUGGGUGGUGGUUAAGUGCACAUAUUACCAUGCCUAAGGACCUGGGUUCAAGCCCCCUGGUCCCCACCUCAGGGUAGAAGCUUCAUGAGUAGUGAAAUAGUGCUGCAGAUGUCUUUCUCUAUCUUCCACCCCUUCUUAAGUUCUCUCUGUUCUGUCAAGUAAAAUAAAUAUUUUUUUAAAGACUGAUUUCUCCUGAGACUAGUAACAAGCAAGGUUAACUACGUGUACCCCAUUUAUUUAUUUAUUUAUUUAUUUCCAGGGUUAUGUCUGGGGGCUUGGUGGCAGCAAUACAAAUACAAGUCCACUGCUCCUGGUGGCCUUUUUUUUUUUUUUUUUCCAUUUUAUUGGAUAGGACAUAGAGAAAUUGAGAGGCAAGGGGAGAUAGAAAGGGAGAGAGAAAGACAGAUACUCACAGACCUGCUUUGCUGCUUGUGAAGCUUUCCCCCCUGAAGGUGGGGAGCAGGGGCUCAAACUGGGAUCCUUGCAGGGGUCCUUGUGUUUUGUACUAUGUGCGUUUAACCAGGUGUGCCACCGCCUGGCCCCAUAAUUAAUUUUUCUAGAGGUAGCAAAAUUAAUUUU